UCAGCACUCGCCUACUCGCUGGCAAAGUCAGGUCGCAAGGUGCUCAUCUUCGAGCGUGACCUCACCCCGCCAGACCGUAUCGUCGGUGAACUGCUCCAGCCGGGCGGCUGCAUGCGAUUGCAGCGACUUGGCUUGCAACACUGCCUCGACAACAUUGACAGCUUCGAUGUCCAAGGCUACCGCGUCUUCUGGGGAUCACAGAGUGUAGAUAUACCCUAUCCAGAGCGAGAGACGGAGAUGCACUGGUUCGAGGAUGAGAAACGUUCGCCCGAGCGACUGCAGAAACUCGAGGAGACCAACCGGUUGGACAAGCGACAGGAAGGCCGCAGCUUUCAUCACGGUCGAUUCGUCGACUCCCUCCGACGUGCUGCUAUCGCGCAGGACAAUGUCACGAUGAUAGAAGGCGCAGUCAAUGAGCUCCUGACAUGCGCGUCAACAGGCCGCACACUUGGUGUCAGAGCCACACCGCGUCCCGGCCAAACGAAUGCAGGCGACAAGAGGACAGCAGAGACGUUUGACUACUUCGCGCCCCUCACCUUCAUUGCCGACGGCUGCUUCUCCAAGUUCAGGCGACAGCUCUUGCCAGAGGCCCUCCAGCCGGUCGUGCGGUCCAAUUUUGUUGGUCUGAUACUCGAACAUGCCGACAUGCCUUCUCCCGGUCACGGGCAUGUCAUACUACGCAAGGGCGGCAAUCUGAGAGCAGACGAACGCGGCGUUGGGCCUGUUCUGGUCUACCAGCUCAGUAAGGAUGAGACGCGUAUGUUGGUCGAUGUGCCCGGUGCCAAGCCUCCCAGCAUGGCCAACGGCGAGCUCAAGGAAUACUUGCGCAAGCAUGUUACGCCUUCGCUGCCACUGCAGCUCCUGCCCUCUUUCAACGCAGCUCUGGAGUCACAAGUCCCUUCGCACCGACUGCGAUCCAUGCCAUGCUCUUACCUGCCGCCCAAAUCGCAAGGCACGCAGGCGGAAGGAGCCAUCAUCGCAGGCGACGCCAUGAAUAUGCGUCACCCUCUCACCGGGGGCGGUAUGACUGUCGCACUCAACGACGUUUGCAUUCUCACUGAGCUGCUGGGGGGCGGCAAGCGAGUGGGGGAGAUAGAGACCGGAAUAGAUGGAUUGCAAGUGAUCGAUUUAAGCGAAUGGGAUCACAUUCGCAAGGCCCUCAAGACCUGGCAUUGGAAGAGGAAAGGCGUCGCGAGCGUCAUCAACGUCCUCGCCCAAGCACUCUACUCCCUCUUCAGUGCAGAUGGCGAGUUACCGCCUGCUUGCUAUGCACCUGUGCUAAUGUCUCGAACAGAUGCGAGCCUCGAAGUUUUGAAGACAGGCUGCUUCAAAUACUUUGAGCUCGGCGGCGAGAGGCUCAUGGGUCCGGUGGUGCUACUUGCAGCCAUUGCGCCAUCGCCCAUGCUGCUCGUCUACCAUUUCUUCUCGGUCGCAUUCUACUCGAUCUACGUCCUCUUCACCCAGCCACGCAGUCUAACAAAGGGCAUCGACAAUGCAGCCUCAAUCUCAGAGCCCGGUUUGCUCCAAUACCCCAUGCUGGCCGUCAGAUCAGUCAUGGUCUUUGCUGUAGCAUGCCGCGUCCUGCUGCCCUACAUGUUCAGCGAGGCCAUCCUUGUGUACCUGCAUCGCAAGACGCAUGACAUUGCAAAAUAUUGUACAAAUCGCAGAUCUCUAACAGGCAGCGACUGCUCGUACAUUUGCUCAAAGUGA